CACUCUCCACUCCACAGAAUGACUGAAACGACUGCGGCUGCUGCCGAAUCAAUGAGCUGACUGGAGCCCGCUCUGCACCCCGGGUCCUCUGCUGUCCCUGCUGCCUUUGUCACAUCUACAUUUUGGGCUGCACUCAAACUGAGAUACAGUGUUACCAAAGGAGGCUUGAAACUGGGACAAGGAUGUUCCCCUCCUUUACAUCAGUGCUGCUAGUCACUGCACUGACCAGUGUCUGGGCCCAGGACCACCAUGAGGAGAGGAAAACUGCGAAGAAAUCCAGAGGCAAACCUCUGGCUGCAAAUAUUCAUGACGGACAAGCCAUCCUAGACGAGGACUGUAGCUUGGAGCUCUCCUUCCUCCUGGACAGCUCUGAGAGCGCUAAGGACAACCAUGAGCAGGAAAAGCAGUUUGCCAUGAACAUGGUGGACAAACUCCAAGGGGUUCGACUGCAAACCGGCCGCAGCCUGAGUUUGAGGGUGGCCCUGUUGCAGUACAGCAGCCAUGUCAUUACAGAGCAAACCUUUAGAGACUGGAGGGGCACGGAGAACUUCAAGACCCUGAUUGCUCCCAUCAUCUACAUCGGGCAUGGAACCUACACCACCUACGCCAUCACCAACAUGACCAAGAUCUACCUGGAGCAAUCCAGUCCCGGCAGCAUCAAAGUGGCCAUCCUCCUCACAGAUGGCAUUUCCCACCCAAGGAACCCUGACAUCUUCUCCGCUGUUGCUGAUGCCAAGAACCAGGGUGUCAGGUUCUUCACCCUGGGAAUCACUUGGGCAGCCAAUGAGCCAGCCAAUGUAGCCCAGCUGCGUCUGCUCGCCAGCUCCCCUGCCUCCCACUUCCUCCACAAUUUACAGGAGGAAAACAUAGUCAACAAAAUCGUCACUGAGAUUACUGGCUUGGCUGACGAAGGAUGCCCUCUGGCUCAGAGAUGUGCUUGCGAGAAAGGGGAGAGGGGACCCAGUGGGCCUGCGGGGAAGAAAGGUCGAUCUGGAGAUGAUGGAACCCCCGGGUUUAAAGGGCAAAAGGGGGAAGCAGGAUUGAGUGGACUACCUGGACGAGAAGGUGCUGAGGGAAAAUUGGGUCUGAAAGGAGAUAAGGGUGAGGGGGGUGAUUGUGGAACUCCAGGAAUCAAAGGAGACAGGGGUCCUGAGGGUGCACUUGGUGCAAGAGGAGUCAGAGGCCUUCAGGGCGUACCAGGACCACAUGGAGACAGCGGACCAGAGGGCCCUCAGGGAAAGCAGGGUGAACGUGGCCCACCUGGCCUUACAGGAAUUCAGGGGGAAACUGGUAUUGGACUUGCUGGACCAAAAGGUGACAUGGGGUUCCAGGGAAGGCCAGGACCUCCUGGUCCUCAAGGAGUGGGUGAACCCGGACUUCCUGGACCUCAAGGGCCACAAGGCAUUCAAGGGGAGAAAGGACCCCAGGGUGAAGGGUUCCCUGGGUCAAAGGGUGAUCGGGGGCUCCCAGGACAGAGGGGGCCAAGGGGACAGCAGGGUGCAGGAAUCAAAGGAGAAAGGGGUGAACUGGGGCCUCCAGGUCCUCUUGGGCCACCUGGACUGACAGGAGUCGGCAUACAGGGAGAAAAGGGAACUGAGGGUCCAAGAGGUCCACCAGGAGUCAGAGGGCUACCAGGAGAAGGUUUAUCUGGACCUAAGGGAGAUCAAGGUUUACCAGGAGAGCAGGGAGGUACAGGAGAGAGAGGCAUUGGUGACCCUGGUUCAAAGGGAGAGCCUGGAGCAGCUGGUUUGGGUGGGCUGCCUGGUCUUCCAGGAGAGGAUGGAGCUCCAGGACAGAAGGGGGAGCCUGGUUUACCUGGUUCAAGAGGUCCUGAGGGAGCACAAGGAAUUGGCAUUCAAGGGGAGAAAGGUGACCAGGGUAUGAGGGGUAUCCGUGGGUUACAUGGGCCUCCAGGGAUUUCAGGACCCUCUGGACCAAAGGGAGAACGUGGAAUACCAGGUCAUCAGGGCAUCCCAGGUCAGCCAGGACGGUCUAUAUCCGGUCCAAAGGGUGAUCAAGGUCCUAUUGGGCCCCAUGGUCCUGUUGGGGAAACCGGCCUUGGACUGCCCGGUCCAAAGGGUGAUCAUGGUCAUCCAGGUUUACCGGGUCCACAUGGUCCAAAAGGAGAAGGCUUUCCUGGCCCUGUGGGUCCUCCAGGCCUGCCAGGCUUACCAGGAGAAUCAGGCCCAGAGGGAAUUGGAAUUCCUGGUCCCAAGGGUGAUGUUGGGUUUAGAGGAUUGCCAGGUUUGCCUGGUCCACCUGGGGAGGGCUUACAAGGUCCACCGGGUAAUGUUGGGAGAUCAGGACCCCCUGGUUCAAUUGGACCUCAAGGCGAAGGCAUUCAAGGUCCAAAGGGAGAGCCUGGAUCUCAAGGUAUGACUGGGCCGCGAGGUCCACAAGGAGAUGGCUUUCCUGGGCCUAAGGGUGAUCGUGGAUUACAGGGUGAGAGGGGAAUGAAAGGUUUAAAAGGAGAAUUGGGAGAUCCUGGAGUCGCUGGUGAAGCAGGGAAGCCAGGAGCAAAAGGAGAAACAGGCCUGACGAGAGAAGACAUUAUUAAGCUGAUCAAAGAAAUCUGUGGAUGUGGCAUCAAGUGCAAGGAGCGGCCCAUGGAGCUUGUGUUUGUAAUCGACAGCUCAGAAAGUGUCGGCCCUGAGAACUUUGAAAUCAUCAAAGACUUUGUCACACGGCUGGUGGACCGCACCACAGUUGGUCGAAACGCCACCAGAAUCGGAUUGGUCCUCUACAGUCUGGAGGUCCAUUUGGAAUUCAACUUGGUUCGCUACAUGAGCAAACAGGAUGUCAAGCAGGCGAUCAGGAAAAUGCCUUACAUGGGUGAGGGCACCUACACUGGCACCGCCAUCCGAAAAGCCACUCAGGAGGCUUUUUUCAGCGCUCGGCCUGGAGUCAGGAAAGUGGCCAUCGUCAUCACCGAUGGUCAGACCGACAAGCGAGAGCCUGUUAAGCUUGACAUAGCUGUGAGGGAGGCCCAUGCUGCCAACAUCGAGAUGUAUGCACUGGGGAUCGUCAAUUCGUCUGAUCCUACGCAGACUGAAUUCCUGAGGGAACUCAACCUCAUUGCCUCUGACCCCGACAGUGAACACAUGUACCUUAUUGAUGACUUCAACACACUACCAGCACUGGAGUCUCAGCUUGUCAAUCAGUUCUGUGAAGAUGAAAACGGCGCAAUCUUUUACAAUCGCAUCGCAAAUGGCCACUGGAACGGCAACAAUGGGCAUAGUGUCAAUGGACACAAUGGACACAAUGGACACAAUGGAUAUAAUGGCCAUGGUAAUAAUGGUUAUGUUUAUGGAAACAAUGGAUAUGGGAACAACGGAAAUACUUAUAACUACCAAGAGGAGAUUCAAAACCAGAGACGCACCAACCACCGCGGCCGUGGAGACACUUUCACUCUGCCCAUCAGUGCUGAUCCUCUCCCUAUUCAGGUCUUGCUGAAACACCAAGUGGUGGAAGAGGAUGAUGGUGAAGAUUUAGACAUCAGAGCCCAAGUGCGGAGCAGCAGCACAGCGGCUGUUGUUAACAAAACAACAUUGCCUGAGCCUUCUGUGAGAGAAAGCUCUGUCCCCAAUGGUGUAGUCAUAUCAUCUUCUUCCUCCUCAUCCUCAUCAGCAACGUCUUCGUCAACGCUGGGUUCAGUUUCAUCCUUAAACUCUAAUCAACUGCAACCAGUGGUGACUCCAGUACUGCCUGAAGAGGCCACUAUUCCUGGUUCCCGCUGUAACCUCAACCUGGACCAAGGUACCUGCCGAGACUACAUUAUCCGCUGGUACUAUGACAAAAAGGCCAACUCCUGUGCACAGUUUUGGUAUGGAGGCUGUGGCGGAAAUGACAACCGUUAUGAAACAGAGGAUGAAUGCAAGGAGACUUGUGUCCUAUCCAGAACAGCUGGAUAAAAGGAAGAAAGGAAGAAACAGAACGUGACAGAAAGUGGACAUUUCUCUUCUACAUUCUGCUGAUUUGUUCUUUUAACAUGUUCAAAAAUGUCACGCACUUUUGUCACGCAAAUGUAUUUUUUGGUCAAAUAGCAAAGCCGUGUUGGAUAGUCAUGACAAAUUAAUCAAAUGAUGACAGGUGCCAGUAUGUUGCUGUUUGAACUUACUGACUAAUUAACUUCUACAAAAACUGACUGUAUUACCUCAAAGAAAUUGGACAGAAGAGAAAAAAGUCUUUAUUCUCGCUGUUCUGGGUUCAAAGUGACAACUUCAGGGAAUUUACUUGAGCUAAAAACUAAUCUAUAAAAUAAGUUAUGGUUUAGAUUUGCCUCUUGGACCCAUAUGCUUUACAUACACUGAAUAUAUUUCUAACAAGAUAGUGAAUAGUGAGAUGUUUGUUUACAUUAUGUUGAUAUGCUGAAAUACGUCCUGACUUUUUUUGUGUGCAUUCUUUCUGUUACUUUUGCAACAUGUCCAUUCGGGUUAGUACCUGGCAGCUGUAAUAAAGGGUAGUGUCCUGUGGGUACUGUUUUCAGAGGUCUGGUGAGAGUGUCAUCUUAUUGAAGCAUUCUGAAAUCAAUCAAUUUAAAGGCCUGUCUACUUGGGCAGCAUGUGUGUAAUUGUUUUGUAUGUUUUUUAAUAAUAAAAUAUAAAAUAAGAGUG